AUGGAACCCGCGGAAGUCAUGAGCAAAAUUUCCAAGAGGAGAAUGCCUGCGGAGCAUGCGGCAGAAUUCGAAGCGUUCGUCGACAAUUUACCCAACCUACCAUCCCCUAGCAGCGAAUAUCGACACACCCUGUAUGCAAAGCACUUGCCCCAGUGGCAUGGUAUCAAGGACUGGGAAUUCGCCCCACUCCGCCAGGCAGCAGUUGACUACAGAAAAGACGGCAAGUGGGAUGCCGACUGGAAGAAGCUGCUCCUCCAUGAGUUCUACGCCAGAGAAAUCAGAUACAUCAAGAAAGACCCAGACUUCAUCAAUGCGCGGUAUGGCGGCCAAGGGUACGAGGGCCUAUAUAAGGACUGGACAUACCAGUGGUCUGGCGGGUCUUGGCAGCCAAGACAUGAGGAGCCGAUUAUUCGCCAUGAUCAGAUUAAGGAAAAGGCUGGGGGUGUAGGCUGA